UUCACAUUUCUCUACCAAAACUACAGAGUGCACCUUUAAAUUGAAGGUUUUUUUUUUGUUUUUGUUUUUUUUACUGGAUUGAAGCAAAAACUAGAUUUAAAAAGUUUGGCUUGCAUUUAGAGUUUAAUGGACCAAACUUCUUUAGUACACUAAGGUGUAUAGAGUUCAGUUUCAAUUUUUCAAGAAUGACAGUUCCUGGAUAGGAUUUACCAUGAAAACAUGUUAGAUGUUGCUCAUGCAUUUUUCAUUAAAGGGCAUUUUAGACAAUCAUCAUGUGAUUGUUGAUUUUCAUAUUAAACUUUUAAAUUCACAGAGGUGUGAAGAAUGUACAGGGGAAAAAAAACUGAAUCUUCCUAAUAUGGGAUUCUCAGCUGCUCUCUGUGCUGUGGGACUGCAUUUCUUCUGCUAACUUAUUACCUGACUUUAAACAUUUACCUCAGCUGAACUUUGAGGAUCCAUUUGUGUGCGACGCAGGACUGACGAAGUGACUUGAAGUGAAUAUUGUUAAAAGUUUUUUUUUAAAUAAAUAGCAUACCUUUAUAUAUCCUUGUUAGUUAUUAUUGUUGUUUGUACCUUUAUGUUUCUUAUGUCUGUAAGAAAUCUGCAAUUUCAGAGAGAGCCGCUGUGUUGGGAUCAAUAGAUCCCAUGAGCAGUCAUUGCGGAGAAAUACUGGUGAAACUAUGAAAGUUGGUGUAUGGUAUAAACCAUUUUAAUAAUUAUAAUUCACCACUUGUUUUUUUUUUGUUCAGUAUUAACACUGCAAGCUUGCUGAAAAGUAGUCGUCCAUGAUUUUGGUUAAAAAUAUUUAACACAGCAAGUAAACUCAUUUAUUACAGCACAUAAGACAAAAAGCUCUGUCAUUGGAUCUCUUGAGUAUGACACGCAUGGUUUUUCUUCUAUAUAAAUAUGACCACGAUAAUUCAGAGAAUUCUAAAGAAUAUUCAACCUUUUUGAAUAAAGUUUCUAUACCUUGUAUCACAUUGUCUAAAGAAAAAAAGUCAUAAUUUGAGAAUAAAGACCUCAAAGUAUGAAAUUAAGUUGUGCAUGUAUUGUUACAUAGACUUGUUAAGUAAAAGAUGGAUGGAUCUUUAUGUCAUGGUUGUUAAAAAACGAUUUUUGUUGUGCCAGUAAAACAUAAAAGGGACUGGGCAGAUAUUUGCAUAAAAUUUGUUGACCUGUUCAAAGGUUCUGGCACACUCAUUAGCUUAACUUUUAAGUUACAUGUCUGAGCGUCAGGGGUCAGAGGUCUGCUGCUGUGUUUGUCCACUGAAGCAUGUGCCACUUCAAACUCUAUCAGAGAUCAAUAAUUACCAAACACCCAUCUCUCUCCCUGCCCUACCAUUGGUGGAUUGUGAAGGACUAAAACAACCAAAAAGCCAAUGACACAUUGAGCUGAAGAGUGAUCGCCCUCAGAUCUUCACCAGCACACAGUCUCCCUCCCUGUAGACUACCUUCAGCAGUGACAGUGGGAGCCGCCUCCUCUCUCCAGUGUGAUCUCUGUCUCCAGGUGUCUGCUCAAGUCUUUGGCAGAAAAUACUCAGCAGGAUGUCUUCUUUAAAGGAGAUAUGCAGUGGUCUCCCGUUGGACCCUCUGCCCUCUAACCAGGGAAGAGACCCCAAUGUGCCGCAUGCACCCAUCAGGACCCCCAACCUUACAGCAGAGGAGGAACGGUUGGCACUGAGAAAUGCCCUGCGGUAUUUCACCCCGUCACACCAUUCAACACUCGCACCUGAAUUUGCUCAAGAGCUGCGGCAGUACGGCCACAUCUACAUGUACCGCUUCUGCCCCACAAUGCGCAUGAGAGCUUACCCCAUUGAUCAGUAUCCAUGCCGUUCACGUCAGGCAGCCUCCAUCAUGCUAAUGAUCAUGAACAACCUGGACCCUGCUGUUGCUCAGUUCCCCCAGGAGCUCGUCACAUACGGAGGGAACGGACAGGUGUUCAGCAACUGGGCCCAGUUUCGCCUGGUGACAUACCUGAGUGAGAUGACGGACGAACAAACGCUUGUCAUGUACAGCGGUCAUCCCAUGGGCCUGUUCCCAAGCCUGCCUUCCUCACCCCGCGCCAUCAUCACUAACGGCAUGGUUAUUCCAAACUACUCCUCCAAAGAGCAGUAUGAAAAGAUGUUUGCUCUUGGUGUGUCAAUGUACGGUCAAAUGACAGCAGGAAGUUACUGCUACAUUGGCCCUCAAGGGAUUGUUCAUGGCACAAUGCUGACUGUGCUGAAUGCUGGCCGGAGGUACCUGGGCUCAGGUGACUUGAGCGGUUGUGUCUUUGUGACCUCUGGCCUGGGGGGCAUGAGUGGAGCUCAGGCUAAAGCUGCUGUUAUUGCUGGUUGUGUUGCUGUGGUCGCAGAGGUGGAUGAGGCUCCUCUAAGAAAGAGGCAUGAGCAAGGCUGGCUGAUGGAGGUCACUAGCAACACUGAGCACUGUAUUAAACGCAUAAGAGAAGCCAAGAGCUCCGAGACUGCCCUCAGUCUGGGUUACCAUGGCAACAUUGUAGACCUAUGGGAGAGGCUGCUGUUAGAGCACGAGAGGACGGGGGAGUUGCUGGUGGAUCUGGGUUCAGACCAGACCUCCCUGCACAACCCUUUUAAUGGCGGAUACUACCCAGUUCAGCUCAGCUUCCGCCAAGCCAAUCAGCUCAUGGCAACUGAUCCUAAUCGUUUUCGGACCAUGGUUCAGGAAAGCCUCUGUAGACACAUUAGAGCUGUCAACAAGCUGUCUGAUGCUGGUAUGUUCUUCUGGGACUACGGUAAUGCGUUUCUACUAGAGGCCCAAAGAGCCGGCGCAGAUGUAGGAAAAGUUGGUGGAGGAGCCACAGAAUUUCGUUACCCGUCUUAUGUCCAGGAUAUUAUGGGGGAUAUUUUCUCUUUGGGCUUCGGCCCGUUUCGCUGGGUGUGCACAUCUGGGGACCCUCAAGAUCUUGCUGUAACAGACAACAUCGCGGCGACUGUCCUGGAGGAAAUGAGUGCCAAUGUUACUGAUCGCGUCAGACAGCAGUAUGAUGACAACAUACACUGGAUCAGAGAGGCUGGAAAACACAAGAUGGUUGUGGGAUCCCAGGCCAGGAUCCUUUACUCUGACCAGAAAGGAAGAGUCUCUAUAGCUCUGGCUAUAAACCAGGCGAUCGCUGAUGGAAGAGUCUCAGCUCCUGUGGUUAUUAGCAGAGACCAUCAUGACGUCAGUGGCACAGACAGCCCCUUCAGAGAAACCUCCAAUGUGUAUGAUGGAUCAGCCUUCUGUGCAGACAUGGCGGUCCAGAACUUUGUUGGUGAUGCAUUCAGGGGCGCCACGUGGGUAGCGCUUCACAAUGGUGGUGGUGUUGGUUGGGGCGAGGUGAUGAACGGAGGCUUUGGUCUGCUGUUGGAUGGCUCAGACGAGGCAGGGAAGCGAGCCAGACUGAUGCUCAACUGGGACGUCUCCAAUGGGGUGGCUCGUCGAUGCUGGUCUGGAAACUCCAACGCCUACGAAACCAUCCAGCGCACCAUGGAGGACAACAGCCAGUUGCGGGUCACCAUGCCAUUUCCUGUUCAGGAUGAGCAUAUACUGGACCGUGCCCUGCAAGGCUGAACAAGACAUAAAGCUUAGGUUUUUAAUCCUGAAACACAUAUUCAUUAUGUCCAGUGCCAAAUAUUAAACCAAAAGUGCAUUCAGAA